CACGCGCGCGCAGACGCAGACUUCACUAGCUUAGCUUUCGCACAGAGAAUUCCAAAGCUUUCCAGCUUGGUAGCGUCGCGGGCCGACGGCGAGCAUGGAGGUCGCCAAGCCAGGGUCGUCCAAGUGCAUGUCCCCGAUGGGGAGCUUCAAGCUGAGCCUGCUCGCCUGCGGCCAGUGCAAGGCCACCACCGUGUCGCCCCCGGACUCCCCCACCGGCGCUGGCGCGAGGUCCGGGCGGUCGCUGUCGUCCUCGGCGUCGUCCUCCGCGGGGACGUCCCGCGGCCGCGAGCGCGACCGACAGGCGGAGCUGCGGGAGAUCUUCCGCCACUUCGACCGCGACAUGGACGGCCGGAUCUCGGGCCGGGAGCUGGGCGAGUUCUUCGCGUCCAUGGGCGACGGCGGCGCAAAAGCCGCGCUGGAGCUGGACGCGGCCAGCUCCGGCGGCGGUGGCGACCUCAUGCUGGGGUUCGAGGACUUCGUCAGGAUCGUGGAGCGCAAGGGCGGGGAGGAGGAGGAGCGCGAGGACCUGCGCCGCGCGUUCGAGGCCUUCGAGGCCGUCAAGGGCUCCGGCCGGAUCACGCCGCGCGGCCUGCAGCGCGUGCUCAGCCAGCUCGGCGACGACCCGUCCGUCGCCGAGUGCGAGGCCAUGAUACGCGCCUACGACGACGACGGCGACGGCGAGCUUGAUUUCCACGAUUUCCAUCGCAUGAUGAGCCAUGACUAGCUGCCUGUGGCGCGGCUGGGCAUCACUUUGUUCCUUCAUCCGUGUGUUUCCAGUUUCCAGUGCGUGAGUGUGUGUGGUUUGUGUGGCGCGCGCGCCAGUUUGAACGUGCUAUGCUGUUUGGGUGUUUCUGCUUUUACAAGAGAGCUGGAUAACGUUGACAUAUUGGAGAUCACGGCCUCAUGCAAAUUCAGAUGAUAUGCAAAUCUGUAAUCCAUGCAAAUUUUAAUU